AUGAGGGUCUCUGCGGCAGGAAUACUCACCUUGAUCUGCAUUGGUUUUAUAGUGGAAUCAAGACAGGUUCCGCUAGAAGGUUUCAAUGGACGAAUAAGAGGAAAGCGAGCUUUGGAGGUAGCAGGUCUACAGGGUACAAUUGAGAAUCCACCUUACGAAACAGCAACCACCGCAACAACGGGUCAAAACAUAUCUGACCCAACACCAAACGAAACUGUUGUCAAUCCUCCACCAGAAGUUUCUGCCACAAUUAUAUCAGAACCCAAACCAAAAGCUCAGGAAACAAAUAUUGCUGAAAUUACAUCUGUAGCUUCAGUGAUGGGUUCUACCAUCGAGACUCCAAUUAAGACCAGAGACAAUGCUCAGUCAGUGGUGGAUUCUCCAUUUGAAAUGUCUGCCACUACUUUAUCAGAACUCACAAUGACUCCGGAAGUAAAACCUGCUGAAAUAACAUCCGAAGCUCCAGUGGCCGAUCCUUCGACGGGUGCUCCAAGUAAUGUUAUAAGCAAUGUCCAUUCAGUGGUGGACCCUCCAAUUGAAAUAUAUGCCACUUCUCUCUCAAAGCCCACAGUAAAAGCCCCGGAAGGAAAUCCUAUUGAAACAGCGACACAAGCCCAAGUUGCUGAAACUACCUAUGUAGCGCCAAGCAGAUCAACAAACAAUAUUCAGAUCGAUGCAACGGCUACGGCAGAGACAGUAAAUUCAACAACCGAGCUAGUAGAACAACAGGCAAACUCUGCUACGGAAGCUCCAGUAAACACUACAACAAAAUCGAUUGUAAAUUCUCUUGGGGAUCCCUUAGCUGUUUCUCCAGAAGGAAAAGAUAAUCAAACCUCCUUGGCUGAAGUUACUGUGUCUGAAGCGACGAACACAGUUUCCAAAGGUUCUAUCAAUUCAAAAUCACCUGCUUCCAAAUCUGAAAAGAUGACAAAACAACAGAAAGCCGCCAUCAGAAAAGCAAAGAAAGCUGCCAGAAAAGCCAAGAAAGAAAGGAACAUUACGGCAAAGAAGGUUGAGACCGCAGAAACCAAACUAAGGAAAGCUCACAGAAAGGCGAAGGCCGAGGCGCGAAAAGCAGCACGAGAAGCAGCAAGAAAACUAAGGAAGGAAAAAAGAAAGGAGAGAAAAGCAAAACUAGCAAAAAAAUUAGCAGAGCGAAAGGCCAAAAGGGAGGCGAAAAAAUCAAAGAAAGGAGCCAAAAGAAGAGCAAAGCGAAAGGCUAGAAAAGCUAAAAGAGCCUUGCGCCGAUUCAAGAGAUUUAGAAGAAAUUAGAUAUAUACCUCGAAAUCAAAGAUAAGUGAAGAAUAGAUGGACAAACGGCGCUGUUCUGAUGUAAAAUCUAUGAACUGUUCCUUCUCUGUAUAUACACUAGUAUUUAUUUCUUUGAAUUUGUUGUUGUAAACUUAAUUGUUUAAUA